CCGCCACCUUGAAGAGAGCAGCGCGCGCGUGUCCGUGCCCAGGGUUUGCCUUGUCAUUGCAUUCAGGCAGAAACGCGUGGUCAGCGGCUCCACAGACACACACACACAUAGCCUCUGCACUGCAACCGGUACAUGGUGGUGAAUAAAAGGAGACUUUAAGGCAGACAUGGAUACAGAAACUAGUGGAGAGGUUUUGGAUGCGUCAGAAACUCCACAGCCAGAGGAGACUAAAAUGGAAAGAGAGGUUGAAUCAAAGGUGGAGACACCAGAGGAAUCCACUGAGCCUGAGAAGCCACCAGCUGCUGCUGAAGAGACUGAGCAGCUGGCGGUAAACGGUCAUGAUACAGAAGUCGUAAACUUUGAAAGAACAGAAGUAGCGAUUGUGACGGAAAAUGUUACUUCAUCUGAGGAGAAGGCAGAUGGUGACAGUGUGCCGAAAGACCAAUCUGACAUCGAGGUGGUGCCUGCUGUGGUCGCAACUUCACAACCAGAUGAGUCGGCUGAAAAGAUCUCUGACCCAGUUGCUGCAUUAGCCACAGAAUCAGAAAACAUCACGCUUGAACAGCAGCCUGUGCCAGAGAACAACCCAGAAGCUCUGUCUGUGCAAAUGCCUCUGGCAGAGAGUGCCCCUGUACCAGAGCCAGAGAAAUUGGCAGAAUCAGUUCCAGAAGCUGAAAUACAACAGCAGACUUUACCUGAACCAGUCGCAAUGGAACAACCAGUAGAUAUGCAACCACCAGGCCCAGAGGAGAACUUGCCAGAACAAGUGGAGGCUAAAGUAGAAGAGCAGCCUGCAGAAGAAACUACUAAAGUGGAGGAGGCAGAAAAGAAUGUCGCAGCUGAGCCUACAAGUGAGGGGCAAGAGGAAAAGCCAGCAGAGACGGUUCAAGUACCAGAGGUUUCAUCAGAAAAUCCAACAGAGGAGAAAUCAGUUGAGUCUGAGACUGUGAAAGGAGCUGAGGCGGCUGUGGCAGCAGAAGUUGUUGAAACUGAGAAGAAAGAAACUGACCUUGAAAAGGAAGAAGACGUUGUCCCUGCAUCUGGUUCUCUGUCCUUUGCCCUGCUGGAACGAGAGCAGACCAAAGAAACCCUGCGCACUUCUCGUACUCUUGUUGUUCUCCGUGGUCUUCCAGGAAGUGGUAAAAGUUUUUUGGCUCGUGCCAUAGCCGAUGCCUACAAAGACCACUGCUCUGUCAUCUGUGCUGAUGACCAUGGUGUGAAGCCAGAGAAUGCAGAACCAUCUGCGGAUGGAUACAAGGCUCUGGAUGAGGCUGUGGUCACCUGCUGCAGUGCGGGAACAGCUUCCCCCUUGCUGAUAGUUGUGGAUGACAUCAACCACAGCCAGGAUCGUCUGGCCCGCCUGGGAGAGAUUGCUCAGGAACACCAACUUGUUGCCAUCUUUUUAGAACCAAAAACAACAUGGAGCAGAGAUGCAGGUCAGCUGAGCAAGAAGACCAGGCGAGGACUCGAGGAGGCCACACUUGAAGCCAUGAAAAGUCCCUUUGAGGAAAUGUCCAUUCCUCUGUUCUUUGGCUGGUUUCUUCUGUCUGUCCAGGAAAAGGUUAAGUGCACCUCAAUGGACUUCCUUAAAACGCUGGACACCUUGGAGAUCUUCAAGAAACACAUGACUGAUUUCACUGAUAAACCUGAGAACGAGGUGGAUCUAGAGCAGUACUUCAAAGACAAAGGAGUCCUCCAUUGCACUACAAAAUUUUGCGACUAUGGUAAAGCCAAGGGUGCCAAAGAGUACGCACAGAACACAGCUGUGAAAGAUUUCUAUGGUUCAACCUUUGAGCUGUCACUGACCGCUCUCUUUGUCACACCACGUACUGUUGGUGCCAAGGUGUCCCUCACUGAAGAGCAGCUUCUGCUGUGGCCAGCUGAUGCCGAGUCUUCAGUCCCCGCUGCCGCUUCCUUGCCUCUUGGAAGCCGCGCCCACAUUACGCUGGGGUGUGCAGAGGGUGUCGAGCCAGUUCAAACGGGCCUGGAUCUGCUCGACAUCUCGAUCCUGCAGCACGAAGGCCAGAAAGGGGAGCAGGUCGAGAUGGAGCUUGGUCAGCUCACUUAUUUCGGUGACGGAAGGUGGUUCCUGAGCCUCACCGAGCCCAUCUUUGUCCCAGCCUGCUUCUCCAGCUUCUAUAUGCGCAAGGAGUCCGAGUCGGCCAAAAAGGAAUCUGAGAAGAAAAAGAAGCAAAAGUGUGCCAUACUGUAAAUGGAAAACGAGAACGAAAGAAUUACAAGGCUUUCUCUGUGCAAGGUGUUUGUGUUUGUGCAGUGUUUGGGGAUUUAGCAAUAGCCACCCUAAAACCACAAGCUAUGUGCCUUUUCUAUUGAUUUGCACCACAACCCACGAUGCCUUCAGUCUCGGUCGGCUUGUUGUUGGUGUUCACAAUCUUGUUUUCACAUAUCACUGCCAGAUUUGCGGUACCUGGCUUUUUUGCUGAGGACUUGUUAGCAUCAGUCUUAGGUAGAAUAGGCUCCUCUCACAUUUCCACAGUGAUCCACAGCUGAUUUCCUCUUCUAUUAAUGUCAGUGUUUCUCAGUAUUCAGACGUGAAUAAUACUUCCAUUGCAUGCAUUCCAGGUUAAUUGUAGCAUCAUAAAAACAUUGUCUGGUGUUUUCUUUUGGCUUAGAUGAACGUUACAAAAGAACCUAUUCUAUACCCAUGCACGUGUGAGUGCGUGUGUAGCCUAGGAAGGAAUUGUUACCGUAGCAUAGGGUCCAAAGUGUAUCCGAGUGAAUGUCGUUCAUUGAGGUUCUUCCUUGUAAAACCAUUGCACUUUGUGUAGUUUUGAAAGGCAGUCUGCAGGUGAAUUUUGGCAUCUGUAUCAACAGCUUGCACUUAGUAUUUAUCAAAUGCUGCGAAACUAAGUCCAUGUUUUGCAAUCUUUUCUACUGCGCAAGACUACACCAUCGAUCCCUUUUUAUCCUUCUUCGAACAGCACUUAUUGUACUGCAUUUCAGCCUGUGUUGUCUGUGACCUUUUGAAGGGCAACUCCUACUUUUGUGUAGCUCCUGUGAAUCACUAUUUUUGCACUUGUUUUGUAAAACUUAAUAAAAAAGAACAUGCUUUGCUCCA